AUUUAGCAUGCCUGGCUCCACUCCGCUACAAUCACAACACAGGUCAAAGAUGGCAGCGCUGUCAUCGCCGCUGCGAGUGUGUCGCGGAAUCCUGAAAGAACUGCGUGCAAUUCAGGGACCGAGUUACAAAAAGUCACUAGCUUACAACUAUGUUAUGGACCAGUUUCGCAAGAAUAAGGUGACUGGAGAAAGGUACUGCCGUGCCAAGCAGGAAGCGCACCAUGCCUCACACACAUACCUGUGUUUACUAGCUUCCACUAGAAACCACUUGGUCCUGCACAAUCUUUACCAUGGCAAGGGAGAGCGCAGCCCAGAAGAGGUGGCUAGUCUCGUGGGGCUCAGGUUGCCCUCCCAGCCAGGAGGCAAAGGCUGGGAAAAGUGAGGACACUGGACAAACAGUCUUUAAAAUCUUAAGAGUCGUGUGUGUUUGACUCAUCUGGACAGUCGAGCUCAUGUAAAUCAAACUCUUUGACAGGUUGGGAGUUAUGUUAUGUGAGCUGUCUGAGAGAUUAUUUUACCUGUGUUCAAAAGGUGGAAAAAAUCAGUGUACUGUGAAAAUGUAAGCUGCGGUUAAAAUCUCUGAUUAAUAUACCCCCCCUCCCUCCCCCCCACUACUAAUCCACAGCUCUGUGUGUGUUUAAAUGCAAUGAUUAAAAAUAAAUGUAAGUACAUUUUUAUUUUUGAGUUAUUUCUAUUAAAACAGGAAUCAUUUUGACACCUUUUCUGGAAGGAUGUGUAUACAAUAUAAAACAUCGUUUUGUGUUAUUUAAACUGUUAGUUAAAUAAGUCCUUUAUUUUGAUUUCAUGUACUUAAGGAGCCGGUAAAUACACUUCAUCAGAAGCUGAUCAGCUAGGAUAUUUAGCACACACUGUAAAAUAUGGCACGCUGAUGAAGCUUACAGUGGACAGACUUUGCUAAGACUUAUUUUACUCACUGUGUGUUAUUUUACAAGUAACAUAAAUGUGUAGUUUUUUUUGUUUUAAUCUGAGUGCAUAUUGUGUACUUUUUUAACCAGUAACUAACCUCCCCCCUCUUUUUGAAACAAUGGCUCAGCCUUAGGUGGUUUCAAGGUGUGCAGUAAAUCCUGAAUGUUGUGGAUUUAAAAAAAAAUCUUUAAGAGGCUCAAAACUCCUAAUCACUGCCUUAUAGCCAAUGAAAGUGCCCCUAUAACGCUAUUUCUUAUUUUUUCUCAUAUGGGCACUAAUGGACACUUCAUUAGGUACACUUGUUGAACUGGAUGUUAAUGCAAAUAUCUAAUCAGGCUGUCACAUGGCAGCAUAUCAGUGCAUGUAGGCAUGGUGAAGAUGGCUGAGCCCUCAUUUCAAUAAAAGGUGGUGGGAGUGCAUGCAACAGUGCAAAAGUCUUUAGUCACCCUUUAUUUUUCUAGGGAAAUGGGAGAAGUAAUUUAUUGAAGCAAGUGCAAACACACAGAAAUACAGUAUAUACAACAAAAA